CUCCGCCCUCUGCAUCAAUCUCACUCUUCAUUCUCAUCCGCCGUCCAUCUCGCCCGUCUUCCGGCGUUUCGGAGAUUCGGCUCCGCUCCUCCCAGGUGGCUAUAUCGCCCCAGUAUUCCCGUGGGGCCGCGUGAUUGGUCGUGGCCCACCCAUUCCGGUUGAGUGAGCCGGGAGAGUCGUCGAUCGCGCCAGCUUGAAAAAGCCAGCUGUUGCCGGGCCACUUUUCCUCUCUCCACUACUCCCCACUCCACCAUGUCUCUCGCUCGCUCCUCUGCUCUCCGCGCCGCGCUCCGCACCGCCCCCCGCGCCGCGCGUUCCUACUCGCUCGCCGCCCGCGCCGUCGCCCCCAAGGCUGCCGGCGCCAUGGCGUCGCGCAUUGGCGCCACCCGCGGUGUCAAGACCCUUGACUUUGCCGGCACCAAGGAGACCGUUUACGAGCGCGCCGACUGGCCCCUCGACAAGCUCCAGGACUACUUCAAGAACGACACGCUCGCCAUGAUCGGCUACGGCUCGCAGGGCCACGGCCAGUCGCUCAACGCGCGCGACAACGGCCUCAACGUCAUCGUCGGUGUCCGCAAGGGCGGCGAGUCGUGGAAGCAGGCGAUGGAGGACGGCUGGGUCCCCGGAGAGACCCUCUUCGACAUCCCCGAGGCGAUCAACAAGGGCACCAUCAUCAUGAACCUGCUCUCUGACGCCGCCCAGUCGUCGACCUGGCCCGAGAUCGCCCCCCUCAUCACCAAGGGCAAGACGCUCUACUUUGCCCACGGCUUCUCCGUCGUCUACAAGGACGACACCAAGGUCGUGCCCCCCAAGGACGUCGACGUCAUCCUCGUCGCGCCCAAGGGCUCUGGCCGCACCGUCCGCACCCUCUUCCUCGAGGGCCGCGGCAUCAACUCGUCCAUCGCCGUCUUCCAGGACGUGACUGGCCACGCCAAGGAGAAGGCGAUCGCCCUCGGCAUCGCCGUCGGCUCCGGAUACCUCUACGAGACCACCUUUGAGAAGGAGGUCUACUCGGACCUGUACGGAGAGCGUGGUGUCCUCAUGGGCGGCAUCCAGGGCAUGUUCCUCGCCCAGUACGAGGUCCUCCGCAAGAACGGCCACACCCCGUCCGAGGCCUUCAACGAGACCGUCGAGGAGGCCACCCAGUCCCUCUUCCCCCUCAUCGGCAAGUACGGCAUGGACUACAUGUACAACGCGUGCUCGACGACGGCGCGCCGCGGCGCCCUCGACUGGGCCCCCAAGUUCAAGGAGGCCAACCUGCCCGUCUUUGAGGCUCUCUACAAGUCGGUCCGUGACGGCUCCGAGACCCGCCGCUCGCUCGAGUUCAACUCGCGCAAGACGUACCGCGACGACCUCCAGAAGGAGCUCGACGAGAUCGACAACCAGGAGAUCUGGCGCGCCGGCAAGACCGUCCGUGCCCUCCGCCCCGACGCCCAGAAGGAGGACAUCUAAGUGCUCAAGUGCUCUCGUGCCAUAGUCUUGGAAUCGAGUCGAGCAUCUUUCACAGCGUCUCUAGUCUCCUCCCCUCCCACCCCUACAUAAAAAACGGACAGCGCGACAGUUGUCAUCUUGUAUAACAAUAGGCAUGCAGUGGAG